AUGGCGACCACAUUCUUGAACUCUAUCGAAUCUGUCCUUCCAGCUGAGCUGGCGUCCCGCGUAGCCAAGCUUUGCACUUCGGAUGACAGUAAAGCCACCUUGGAAAAUGUUCUCCGUUUCGCAGUUGGCGCGCCGAGCUCACUGGAAGCGAUUCAGCCGGACGAGUGGUCUGAUAAGCAAGCCAAAGCUCGCACCAUUCUUGCAGGUAUCGUACCCUAUUCAUCAGACCAAAACAAGAGACCUAGAGAGGAUGGUGGCGCAUCGGAGGACGCGCAAGACUCUAAACGCGCCAGAACCUCCAUUCAGGACCGCGGCAGCCCACUUUUUACACUUCAUUCCAUAUCUGCGACAUCUCCAGUCAGAAAGAAGACUGACAUCAAAAUCUAUGCUUCCAGUGUUGCCUUUGAGAACCCAGCGACGCAUGCUGUCGAGACAGAAAUCCCAGUGCAGACCCUAACCCGGGCCUUUGUCCUGCCUACUCGGGGAAAAUCAAAACCCCACUGGACUGUUGUGCUCUUGACUGCCGACGCUCCGUCCGCCGUAAAGGGCGUUUCCAACCAACAGGUCAUCUUUGGCAUAGAUGCGAAGGCAACCACACCCAUAACCACUACGGGCGGUACAAACGAGGUCACCCAUAAAAAAGGCUCGGAAACCCUCCCAAUUCUACGGGAAUUUCUCUCGCAUCUUCCUAUCCCCCUUCUGGAGCCCUCCGUCGAUAUAUUUCGCAGUUCUACGGAAGGCCCUGGACCAGGUGGCCAGGGUGUUCCUGGUAUUCAAGCUUACCGAGGCGCGAAGGCCGGCAGUCUGUGGUUCAUGAGGGAGGGCAUUCUCUGGGGUGAAAGCAAGCCUUGUGAAUUCUGGUCCAUCGGGGACCUCAUAAAUAGGACGGAAGGUCUGAGAAUCAUCGGUGGCACUGGAAGAACUUGUUCAGUAGUCCUAACUCGACGGCCGAUGAAGGACGAAGCCGGUGACGGUGACGAUGAUGAGGCAGACGAGGGUGAAGAAACCCAAUUCGGCGUCAUCGACGCGAAGGAACAAGACCCUAUCAACGGCUGGGUGCGAAACCACCGUCACCUAUUUGGCCCGCCCAACAAUCAACAUCCACCAGCCACUGAAAAAUCUAAGGCCCGUGCAAACGUCAUGGUUAACACGGGCAAGGUCACCCUCGCCAGUGCCCAGUUUGACGAGUCGGACGGUUCUGACGUCUCGUUCGAAGCUGAUUCCGACGAUUCGGAAGGCUCUGGGUCGGAUUCUGGAGAUGAGACUGACAAUCAAAACGGGAGCGCUGCCACAAGUCCACAAGAGGACGAUGCAGAGAGUAGCGAUGGCGGAGACGACAUGGAUACCGAGGAAUUAGAUCCAGCGCAGCAUCCCCUCCUGAGGCCAGGUGCAGUUCCUCGAAUGAGUCGCGCUGCCAUGGACAUGGUUGUAGGUAUGGUUGAGCAAGAUAUGCUCGGUGCGCAGUCUAAGGAGGAAGAGGAUGAGCUGGAUGAUUGA